UUCGACGCUCAGUGCAAACUCAACGCUCGACUCGUCAAGUAUUGCGUCGCAUCUCAUCAAAUCUUUUAGAAUCUCGUCGUAUUUCGCAGGCACUUGAAGUUCAUUUUUUUCGUUUGCCGCUGCUGUUUAAUUAGCUGAAAGUGAAGAUGAAAUCUUUGAGUUUGCUUCUGGUGCUCAGCUUUGUUCUGGCUGUCGUCUGGUUGGGUCAAAGUGAGGCCAGCUUUUGUUCCUGCAACCUCAAAGAGAAGAUAGAGGUGUGCGGCACCAACGGCAUUACCUAUACGAAUCGCUGUGAAUUUGAAUGCACCCAGCGGGACUACAAGCAAUUGGGUCGCAAGCUCGACAUACGGUCUAUGGGACCUUGCUAAGGCAGCUUCAAUCAAGUCUUUCUAAAUAUAUCUAAUUACGAGAAUAUUAUUAAGAUUUUCAACUGUUUUUAU